GCUGAGAGUUUGAAGAGGAAUGCGAUUUAAAAGCUCUUCUGACGCCGAAAUCAAAGCGUCGAAGUGAAAAUCGUUUGUCAUGAUUUUUCAUAAUUAUAAAUGAAUUCGUUUAUAGUACCCGCUGAGGCCAGGUUCUUGGUGCUUGGAAGUAAAGCCGUCGGGAAAUCGGGUAAGAGAAUUUAUGCUCUUUGUGAUUAGAUCAUGCAUGAAUGCAGUCACUGGUAGGACUUUUCAAAGUUUUGAUCGACAUGAAAACUUGUCGCUGAUUACCCGCGAAACAUUCCUACAGAGUUAUUAAGUCUGAAACUUUAAUUCAACGUUGCUAUAAAUCUCUGAUGAGGAAGUAAUGCCGGAUCUUCACGGCUUUUAUGGCAAUUCCUUUUAGAUGACGGUAAACUCAGUGAAACCGCAACGGACAAUAAUCAUAGCCGGCAGUGGCGUUCGUCUUGCCCGCUCAUAAAGCCAACACAGUUGUACAGGGGCAGUGAUUAGAAUAGUCCAAUCUUCAAAUCGCAUUAUAAUGGCGAAGACUGUGGUUUUCAUUAAAACGUUCCAAAAUCAAGGAACAGUUUUCUAAAUAACAGUUUUACUGUCAACAUUUUUUAAACAUUUACGCAGCAUAAAAUUCAAAUAUUACGUAAAACAAAAGCAAACCAUGUUGUUCAUGUUACUAAAACGCGGCGAAAAGUAGAAAACUUAGGAGCAGAAAAAACCCCAGCGAUCACCCAUCUCACGACAAUUUCUUUAGUUGCGAGAUCAAAUGUGUUGUAAUACUCUCUAACAAUAUAUUAAAAGCAUUAUUUUGUAAGUAAAAUACGUCAUCUUAGGGGUCAUAUUAACUUAAUAAAUUCUAUACAGUCAAUGCCUAGGGCAGUUUCUAUAACGUUUGAGUUUGAAUAAGCUGGAGUGUCUGGCAGGGUCAUUCCUUUAUUGUUUCUGACAAAUAUGAACUGUUUUCAUACAUUUGUUUACGUCAAGAUUUAAAUUCGACAAGAGUCACAGUCUAAACUAGCUCCCCUCUUUAGUUCAGGUUGCAGGUUGACAGUCCUUUCGCGAAUACUGAUCUACAUACAUUUAUCUAAUAUAGGGCGAUCGAUCAGAUCCAUCUCAACUUAUUCUGAGUAAUCAGUCUAAUGGACACACUAAUUUAAUUGCUACCUCUGCACAGUACAAUAAGCUUAUCUUAUCGUUUCAAAAUUAAAUUAUAACCCUUCUUUUGCUUCGCUUUUUUAGCCUUAACUGUUCGUUUCCUGACGAAGAGAUUCAUCGGCGAGUAUCAAUCGCUUAUGCGUAAGUUGUGUUUAUAUUUCAUCGUAUUAAUAACUUUUGGAGCCUUCUUAUUAAAUCAUUUGGCCUUUUGUGUUGUCGUCUACGUCCUUUACGUCUUAAAGGACCACUUUUCCUAUUUGACAAAGCGACGGAAAUAGAUCUAGAAAUUGAAGCAACACCUUUUGUAUUGUGGAAGACAAGAGGGCACUUGAAAAUUUAAAUCAAGCAGAAUGGCAAUAGCUUGCAGCGCUUUUCGACAUGCACUUCUACUUUUAAUUGGUGGUAUAAUAGUUCCACUAAUUAAGCGAUGCUAUUACACUAAUAGCAUUAAUUAAUAAAAGCCAUUCAUUGGAGAACAAGACAUAGACAUAUUUGUGACGUAACAGGUUACCAUGAUAACAGGACAAUUUAAAGGAGCUGUGACAGAAUUUGAUUUUAAAACCCUAAAAACACAAGGCACCAAAGAUAAACACAGUUUACAUUUUUUCGCGGUGGGAAGAAAAGCAUCGUAAAAGUUAUAAGUUAAGUGGAGAGCUGGCAAUCGCCAACUCAGCCUCCGAGGGAGAGACGAAAAUAAAAAUCUGGUGAGCAUUCUGGUGCUGGGAUCUUCAAAAACCCAUGUUCCCUAAACUGCUCGCGCUUCUUGUCGAUUCUCAUAAUUAAGUUAAGUCCAUAGUUUAGUUCAGUUAGUAAAAUUCGACACUAAGUGGUUAUAUUUCACGCCUUGAGGCUCAAGUGGUGAGUUUUCAUUACUUUAUUUGAAAAUCACUGGGAAACAAAGCAAGCUAACAAAGCUGUUACGUUUGGUAUAUAUGGGCCAACAAGAGAUGCGUUUGCAGAUCACGGGUAAAAGGUUUUGUCGAAGUAACAACUUUUGACGAUGUUAUAGUCAAAUCUCUACGGGCAUCUCACCAAUGACUUUCUGUUUGUACAUGUCCCAAAAAUAAAAUAUGAACGUUGCAUUAAAAUAAAAACAAGGAGGGCAUAAAUGCCUGAAAGCAAAUCCUAAUUUGUUCCUCCUCAAGGGCAUCAGAAUUUGUCUACAUGUCCCAAAAUAAUGAUGAACGCUUCUAAAAUACCAAGGAGUUCAUAAAUGCCUAAAACAAAUCCAAGUUUAUCACUCUAGAUUAACAUGUACCCGAUUGUCCGUUGCAAGGCCGCGCACGGUAUUUGUCAGUAAAAUACAAGGUUCGUUGACCUUCAUUCAGGGUUCGCGAAUGACGAAAACUGAUUUGCUUAUCUGUAACGUUUUAGUGAAAGAAGGGAAUUUCUGCAAUGGGCCCUCAGUGGUAUCCAACAUCUUAGCAUAUAGUGCACGGCACACGUAUGUCACUAAUUACACAAAAGUAGAAAAGAAACCAGCAAAGACUAAUAGUUUUAGAUAUAUGCUAUUAAUAACCUGUGAUUACGUCGCAUCUUGUUCUCCAAUGAAUCAAGACGUUAGGUGCUGAGAAACGCGGAGCGCAACAACAUCUAGAUGACUAGAGACCGUCAAAAUCACUUUAUUCAACACUAUACAUUUCACGCCUGCUAUCAAAUUCUUCAGAAUGAAUUGUCGUUUUACUAUUGAGAUUGAUGACAGAAUGAUAUAAUCUUUCUUGUUUCAGAAUUAACUUAUAAUCACACAAUUAAGCUGGACGAUGAAAAUCUUACGUUCGAUAUACGAGACGCCAUUGAAAAGGUAAGAAUUUGAUGUUCCUUCUUUGCUUGUGUUUAAUUAGAGUUUUUAUCUUUGCUUUCUUUAUUCUUUUAUGCUUAAACCGUAUGUGGAACAUAUAACUACAGUGAAAGUAAAGGGGCUGAUCGUGUGCACACUUUGGCCACUACAUAUCAUUUUUUUGUAAACGUUAUCUAGAUAGGUCCUCAUUUGCUAUUCUUCAGUGGCAAUUUCAAUUUUUAAGCACCCAGCCACCAAGGCCCGGAUGUUCAAAUGUUGGAUAGCGCUAUCCACUGAUUUGGAAACUAAAAUUUGCGGUAUCAACUGGACAAAGAUCUAUCGACUGGAGUAGUAUUAUCCACCUUUUGGAUAACGGGGUCAAACAAGAGAGAAUGAACUCUCUCUUGGGAAAAAUUAUUAGGGAAACAUCUAUCUUCGUCUUGCCGAUGAAAUGGGUGCAUUUGGUUGAGAGGGAUGAGAAGGCAAUCUUGUAACCAGAGUCUUCGGGCUUUCUGGUCAGCGGGAUUGAUGAAGAGGGGGCAAAGCGGGAGAUUUCGGGUUCCAGACUCUCCUCCUUCUGGAUCCGCCAAGGACGUUUAUCCUCCGGUAGUUGUAUUCUUCUGUUGCAUCUUUGAUACAUCUCUUUUUUUUCACCCAACUAUAUAUUUCAAUUUAAUAAGUGGCUAAAGUCCAAAAGCAAAAUUAAGUGGAAUUCUCUCUUGGUGGAAUCGAGUCACUUUAAAGUUGCAAACACUUUUCAGGCAAUAUUUCUGGAUUUUGCCUGAUAUUUCAAUGUCAAAUAGUAGCCUGUCAUCACUCUUCAAUGACUUAGAGCACGUGCGAAGAAUAUGAAUAUACCUAGAAAAGUGCUUUUUUUAACCAAAUGAGCUUGCCGACAAAGAACAUGCAUGCAUAAGAGAAUCAUGAGAGACAUUUCACUGAUAAUUAACGAAUUUAGAGUUGCUCCCUUGGGAUUUAAUGAUCUAUUUGCGUCAUAUAUAUAUUCAAGCCACUUUAUAUUUUCGGGUUUUUUAAGCUAGUUUUUCUAGUCAGUGCCACGUUUAAAAUAUACUUAGCUCGGCUGGAUCUAUGCCAUUAAUAAUUUGUUAUCUUCAGCGACUAGUCAACAAUAACUCUAAUAAUAUUUGCAUUUGAUAACAAUUUUUUCAGAAAAACAUUUAAAAUAUCUGCGGUUUGUAAGUAUCAAUGAAAGCACUUUAUGGAGUCCUUUGUUCUCUUUUUUUCUUUGCAUUAACUUUAUACUGACUAUUGAAAAGGAUAGUUAUUUAGUUGUCUCACCCCAAAAUUACUCUGUGACUAUUUCAAGUUAUUCAUUAAGUUAUUUUUGUUAAGGAAUUAAGGAAUUCCUUGGAAAGCGAAACAGAACAGCACUGUAUUCCACCCAUACAGUUAGGCACUGAUCCCACAACCUUCCACACGUCCAACUCUUUGUCAUAAAACUCGACCUUGUCUGUCCGUUCUCGAGAAUUCUUCUUCCCUCCAAGGACGAAGAUCUUGUCUCCUACGUAAGCUAUGCCAGCUAGCGCUCUCGAAAUGCACAAACUGGCUAUGUACACCCAUGUUUCAUCUGCGCUGUUAAAUGCUUCACACGAACUAUGCGAUGAAUACAAGUCAUCCUGUGUCCCUCCCACCACGUAAAGCCUGCCUCCAACUGCUACUCCGCAUGCGUAUGCGCGUCGCACAUGCAUGGACGCCGUCUCUUGCCACGUGUUUGUUUUGGGAUCGUAUCUUUCCACCGUGCUCAAGUACUUAAACGGGUCGUUUGCGUUAUCGUUUUCUGUUUUUCCACCAACGGCGUAGAGGUAUUUAUCGGACACAACACAUGGCCCUCCUCUGUUGGUUGUCAUGGGAGUUACCGCUUCCCAGACGUUCGUGGAAGGAUAGUACCUAUAAAGAAACCAAACAUCUAAUCAUUAUGAUGACGAAAUUUCUAGUUAAGUUCUGGUUAUGUAAGAACUGCUUAUCCUAACCAUCCUUCUUGUCAUUGAUCCAUGUCAACCUCGUCCCCAGAAUCUUCUUGUUUUCUAAUAGGCAACUCGCAGGACGCCAUUUUGAAAACCCUGAGAAGCCUCUCGGGUGACCUUGACAUCCCUCGAUUGUUUUUCGUCUCAUUAAUGACAUAUCUUUACAGGUAUUCUGCUCACAAGGUAAUAACAAUGGACCAAAUGAGCUCUUAUCUAAAAUCUCGGUUUUUAAAGUGCUGUGAAAGCAAUUUUCACACGGCCGAUUGUUCCUUCAAUUUUUUUUUCAUUUAUAUUUGAAGUUUCUUAUUUUGGAGAGGAUAACAAUAUCUUGAAAUCGUUCUUUCCGCUAUUUUCACUGCAUACAUAAUUGGCCCGUAACGCGGGAAAAAAGAAACUUCUUUAAAUUCCUUCGUGUCGAGACUGCGCGCUAGUGACAUGAUGCGUUGCUCGGCUGCCCUUGCUCAAUUUUUGCCCGCCUCUUUGCCAGGUCAACGGAGUUCAGUAGACCUGACUUAGAAGUCUCGCCCCUCCCACCUCCCCUGGUGGCGGUUGACGUCGCAUACCCCCAUUAUUCGGCAUGCCUAUUGUCUUGGCAGUCGCGGUUUCCUUCCAUAACUUCACGGACGUGACGGAAUAAUAGGGAACUUAAGCACCAGACGUUCUUAGCACCACGGUCGCCAACCGGAAGUAUUUUUGCAGCAUGACAGCCACUGCGCAUGUCAAGACGUUCCUGAUCUGCGGUCACGCGAGUUCUGAGGUAGAAACCAGAUGUUCAAAUUCUGGAUGGGCCGGAAGCUUUAAGAACGGCUCACAGGAAUGGUUUAAUAAACAAUAGAUAUCCCUAACCCAAACAAAACUAACAAUGAACCCCAACUCUGAAACAAUAGAGCUUCGGGCCAACAAGAACCUAUCAAAUUAGAGGUUCUAAAGAGGUUCUGGCCAACAGCAAAGUCUGGGUUCUUCGAAGGGUAUUCGUCAUACAAAAUUCUUCAUCUGAAAUCUUGUUUUCUUCGUAACAAAGAAACAAAACUUGAUGCAAAUCUUUGAAAGGCAUUUUCAACUGAAUUAUUCUGUCGGCGUUCGUGAUUGUUUCACGUUGUUUUUCUUAAUAAUUUGCAUUUGCACGUAAACCGCGUCCCCGAUCCAGUUCUGCGCUGCCAGCCAUGCCGUUCGUGAAUCAAGAACGUCUGGUGCUUAAUAAGUUCCCUAAUAGGUGUGCAGUGCGAAUCAGUUCUACUUACCUUAGUACGGUAUUCAGCGGUCUCCCUCUGUGCCAACCACCCACUGCAUAUAAAAAGCCAUUGAGUUCAGCGACACCAAGCGCAGAAAUCUCCUUAGCCAUAGGUGCUACUCCAGCCCAUGUAUUAGUCCUGUGAUUUAAAAAAAAACACAAUUAAAAACGAGUAUUUGAUUAUUAUGUUCUCUUAUUAAAGAAUGACCUAACGUAGCAGCCUGGUUCUCGUCUUUACUAAUUCAUUUACUACCACUAAAUUACUAUUCAGAAGGAUAAAAACUGAUUAUUGUCGACAGCUUUAUUUUCUUCCAAAUUUAGCGAAAACAGCUGGUGAUCACUUGUAACAACGUAGUCCUGAACCCGUUGCGAGGUAGGUAAUCACAAUCUAAGAGAAAUGCAGUUUUCGGGAAAUACAGUGCAUAACAAAGGUAAAUUAAAGGAAUAUAUAAGGAAAUAAGAUCCAAAUGUAAUUUUGUUUACUUUUCAGCACUUCCUUCUUUCAUUUCAUUUUUUAGAAGCGUUACCUUCAAAUUCCCGCACUGUUUUCUGAAAAUUUAAAAAACUUCCUUAUCCAACAAGAAUCAAGAAAUUUGAUCAAUAAUUCUCUAAAUAAAUUUUAAGUUUAUAACAGAGGAAUUAUCAGAUUUCACAAAAUUUGGUCGUCGCCCUUGCUGUAGGAUCGCUAUGAAUGCUGACCGAAUGCCAAGAUAAAUCGCAAAAACGAAACUUGCACAUCUCCCAUAAUGCACAUUGUUAUUUGCACCCCCGCCCCCCCAAAUUUUGCAUAACCUUUGUUUUUCAUUUCUCCUGGGUAUUACAGCUUUCCUAAGAGAAAUUGAAAACGAUACUUAUGCAAAACUUUGGCGGACGGGGCGGGGGAGCAAAUAACGUGCAUUAUGGGAGAUCUGAAAGUGGCCAUCAAGUUAAAUGACAUAUCUUCUACCUGAAGUCAUAUCUCUCCAUACUUGACAAAUGACCAUUCAGAGAUACUCCACCCACGGUGUAAAUAAACCCUUCACACGACACCGCCCCGUGACUGAAGCGAGGAAUCAGCAUUGGCGCCAAAUUGAACCAUUGAUUGACAGCCGGUACGUAACACUGAGUGGAGGAACGAAGCUCGUCCCCAGGACCCCAAAUCGUGAUAAUCGCCUCUACAUUUGAGUCCAAGCAGCGACGCAAUUUACAAAUGUCGCUGUCUGACCUGCUCUGUGCUCCAAAUAAGGCAAAUGACUUCAUGGCUUCAUAAAGCAACUUCGUGCAGUCCAGACUGCCAGUUACCAGUUCUUCCGUUUCAACGUAUUCUGCGAGGUAAUAUUUAGACAUGCAACCCAGUCGGACAUUGGAAAGCAAAGCAGCGAACUCUUCUUUCCUGCUUUCCGCGUCAUGUUUGACCCACGAAAUGACAGCCUCGUAAACCUGUUCUUCGGACUCCACGAUGACGUCAUCCAGUGAAAUAAGUUUCUCUAUCUCGGAAAAACCGAGAUGAAGAAAUUCCUCAGACUUUGAAACAGCCACAAAAUUAUCGAGAAUAAACCUUUCAGACUUAUCCAUAAGAUCUUCGCAGUCAAAUUUCUCAGAGAAAGCCCUGACAGACAGGCAGUUGGAAGGACUGAGUGUUUUUUCUAAGAAGAAACUCCCUUUGUCCUUCAGGCUGUCGAUUAACAGGUAGUCGCCGGCGAACACCAGCUCUUUAACGUUUUCCUCGGUAAUUUCAACCUCACCGGUAUAAAUAUAAUUGAGCAAGUCGUUCAUAACAAAUGAUUUAAAGCCUUCAAGUUUCACCUCAUUUUGCUGUUUUUCCCUCAUGUCCGAUGUAAACAAACUGAGAAAAUAAGCACUGCUUGCAGCUAGAAUAUUUUUAUGGACUGGAAAUCCUUCGCCUUCAACCACGAGAAUCGUAUCGCAAAGCACUCCUUGGCGACGAAACUCGUCCAUCCUUUUGUACAAAUUUCCUUGAUAAUUUUCGCCUGGAGGCUUUCGAUUUGUUUCCAGAUCCAUUAUUUUCGCUAAACAUUUAUAUAAGAAUCUGCCUUUGUUUGUUAAAUCAGCUUUCCCCACGAGAUUACAGUACAACGUCGGCUAAUUCUUUAGAACUUUCCUUCUCAAAACAAAAUUCAGUGCAAUAUUCGAAGUGAAUUUUUUUCACUGGCCGCCGCAGCGAUGAUGCGUUUGCGUUGGUCUAGCAAACCAUUUCAAAACAUGUGCUGUCUUCACUGUGACACGUCGCAGGUGUUUUAUAUUCUCCUUAUAUGGAAAGGAGUCCUUGAUUUCAUCUGGUUUAAAUAAUCCUUGUGUAGCCAGGAUUUAAAGCUUGGAAGAAGUUGAAAAAACCGGCGAAGAGCGAAAAGUUGUAACCCAAAAUAGCAACUCACGACUUGACUCAAGUCACAAAAUGAAAACAAGACAACGAAUUGUAUAAUCAAAAUAUGCAAAUAAGAGGUAUUUUCGAUAUGAAUCAUAUUAUAAUCACAGUUUUUGGUUUGUAGCUCAGUUUCACUCAACUAUCACCUUCAUUACCGACUCACCUACAUGUUAACUCUUUUGCUUGUGAACUGGUGUAGUAACGGAUAAAUCAGACACUGGUAUUAGAGAAUUUCAUGAAAUUGCAACAGGAAAUAAAUGGAAAAAACAAUCAAAACGAUAUCAAAACUAAUUUGGAAGCAUGUGACAGUUCAUCAGUCACAGUUUUACAUUAAUAUUCUUAACGUCAAGAAAAUAACUACUACCGGUAUUUAUCUUUGACCAGAUUCAACCCGCCUUUCACAAGCAUUUGUUCAAUUUGGGAAGGUUUUCUGGAGAAUAUCGCGCAUUUUUGGUUGGUUGAUCAAAUAGAUCCCUUUUUCAGUAGAUUUUUUCAUUUAUUUAUUUCUGCUCUGAACAUGUUUUGUCAUGCUCUAAAAUUAACUCUUCGGUUGUUCAAAGCAUCGAGGACUAUUUUAAGAGGCCUAUUAUGUCGGGUCUAUACUAAUUUGGCGGAGUUGUUUCUAGUAUAUGAGCCUGAUUGAAAUCGAGGCGAUUUUGAAGUACUACAAUUUCUUGUUAUUUCCUUAGAGAGGACCUCCUAAUUACACGACUACCCCAUUCCUGCUAUCUCCCCUCCGAUCUGUUGAAACCAAGGAAAAAAUAAUAAAGCCGGAAAAAUUAACUUACAAAGGCCAAUUAUAGAGUAACUGCAAACUGUCAAAUUUUCUAUCAAAUCGAGCUUCCCACACGUAAAAUAUAAAGAAGAGAAAGUCCUCCUUUCCAGAAACUUUUUUGAGGAGUAGCAAAUCAGAAUAUGGUAUUACCGCUCAGAGGCAGUCAGUGUAUAUAGUUAUUUCAAUGAUUAAAAGUUACAGCAAUAUCUUCUGGCCCGGCCCGUCAAACAUGUGAAUUAGUUUUUAUAAAUAAUUGUUAUAAAUUUCUUCUUCUGCAUUCAGCUGGGGCGUCUGGGACAGUGUUGUCAGAACGGCAGCCGGCUGGCUUUAAAAUAGGUGGGAGAGCUCUAAAACUGAGAAAGAGCAAGCAUUUGAAUAACUCUACGACCGCCUAAUAUUAGGUUGUUAUUACCAUUCCCCAAAAGGAGCUCAAAAGACGUAAUUAAUUCAUUUUCAAAGCUUUUUUUGAGAAUCAUAUCUUGAUGUUAGUUCUUUCGAUAUUAGUCCUUUUUGCCGAGUGCGAACGUGGUUGAAUGGAAAAUUUAAGGUUGGUUUUCACUGGACACUGUCUAUUUGAAUUCAAGUAACACUAUCCAGCAUAUGUAUUUUUAAAACUGAUUUCUUGCUUGCUCGCGCCGUGGGUCGUAUACAAAUCAGCCGGUUAAAACUAUUUCCACGUUUCAUGAGUGUCGAUGCCUCGAAGUUUCAAAAGUGUGUACAAAUUAACGCUAGUGGAUUAUAUUCCGUCCUUUACGAUCGUAUUCAGCAUAAAAAUACUAAUGUUAGAAGACGUUUGACACAGAUAUUUUGAACGUUUUACUGCAGGGUGAUGUCUCUCAAGUUGACAAGGACAUCAGAUGGGCAGAUGCAUUUCUCGUAGUUUACUCUAUUACGGACAAAAAAAGCUUUAAUAACGCCAUACAGUUAGUGGAGGCAAUUUACGAUGGCAAAGGCACGGAUGAACUUCAUGUUGCUUUAGUGGGAAACAAAAGGGACUUGGAGCACUUCAGGAAAGGUAUUAGCUUAAGAAAGUAGACAUCGCCGGCCGUCAAAGAGGGCGGAAAAGAAGCCAUUUUGGACGUAAUAGCAACCCCAUAUCGUCGACUCAAAAACGGCUUAAAGUGAUUUUACAACACCAAAAUCUGAGUUAUUCUUCAGAAGCGUAUGACGAAAUCAGGGUCUGGCUAUUUAAAACAGAUCACCCGGUGCCUAGGCAGAAAUCGAAUUGUUUGAAACCAAGUUGAAAAAUUAAGUGUAAGAUAGAGCUUUAUGUAAGGUAAUUGACACACUAAAGGACCAUAUGGUAUAGUAUUGAGUAAACACUUAUGAGAAAUCGUUCCAGAAAGUCCCGUGGUAUUUAACGUGAUCAGGUUUUUCUCACGUUCGCAAAAGCAGCCAACCAGGCAACCACUACCCUCCUUUGUUACGCUGAGAUAAGUUACUUAUUUUCUCUCGCAAACGGCAGGCUAGAUGACGUGGCACGGAUGACCAUGCAGAAAUGGCCGUCCGAUCUACAGUAGGGAACAUAAAAACGUAGACUGCAAAACAGUCCGCGGUAUUUUUGCAUAUUCAAGUACGCGCAACGCUACUCUUACGCUACACUAAACCGAUUUUGAGGGGGAAAAAAACUGUUUUGCAGCCAAAACGGUGGUCCCGAUUUGUACUUCGUGAUAAAACAAUGUUACCUUUAGAAAUCGGGAUAUUUUUUGACAAUCAUUUUUAAGGGUGCUUCUAAAAUUCGGCCUGACCUUAAGUUAGCUCUACUAUUUAUCAAUCUGACGAUCUAUCUACCCACCCAUCCGUCCAUACGUUCAUCUAUUUAUUGAUUUAUAUUGAUUUAUUUUUUUAUUUAUUUACUUGUUUAUGUAUUUUGCUUUAUUUUCAGUAACCACAAAAGAAGGCAAGUCGGCUGCCGAGCAGCUUGGUUGUAUGUUUUUCGAAGUUUCUGCUGCAGAAAACUAUGACAAUGUUCAGCAAGCGUUGAACGUGGUGUUCCGUAAAGUUUCUCUCCACAAGAAAUACUUGAGACAAGAGAAGGAAAAACGAAAGAACUCUAACCCGCAGAUAGAGAAAAAGAAACAAAAGUUUGGAAAUUCCCUGUUUAACUGGAAAAAUGAGAAAAAGAGAAGUCCAAGACGUGCAGAGACGCCUUAAGUUCGAUGAAGAGUUUCACGUAGUUAAGUGAGCAGCAGAUUUGAAGGUUCCAGUCGGCUAAGGCAGAUAUGUACCGUUUUCCUUACCUAAUCAUUGAGAUCAAAUCUUUGCUUUAGACGUUUAGUUUAUGAUGAGCAUGGGAACCAGAGUGUGUGGCAAAAGGUAGAAAAUUUAACUCGUCUAACUGUACAUUUAGAUUUCUUUGAACACUUAUAGUAACUAAGUCCUGCGGGCUGCAGGCAGGUUAAAACUUUAUCAAAGUAGCCCGUGACGAAUUUCUGUUUAAGCACUCAAUAACGAAAGAAUAUAAAACAAUGAUCCUGUUUAUACUCAGUAGUCGACGUAGUUCAACGGCUAAAACCAUAUCCUUGCUCAACCCGAGAAAGUUUCAACUCUUUAAGCACC